CAUACUUAUCAAAACUCAACAAAACAAGCUCAUUUUCCUGAACCCCCUUUUUUUCCCCUACUCACUCUACUCCAAUAAUAAUCUUACAUCUUCCCCUUUCCAUUUCCCACCGUCCUCCCAGGAAAAGAAGAAGAAGAAGAACCAAAACACGUUGGUUCUCUCUCUUUAAUUGCGCCAAUGCCUGCCCUUUUUGCCAAAACGCCUCUCCUUUCUCACUCCUUGAACGGUUCCCUUACUACCCAUUUCGUCUCCACCCCUAAAUUGCCGGUUUCUCUUAGUUUGAGGUCCAGUGCCAGACAAAAAGGGGUCGGGGUCCGAGUCAGGGUCGGGGCAGGUUUGAUCGAACCGGAUGGCGGCAAGCUGGUGGAGCUCCUUGUGGAGGAUUCGAAACGGAACAUCAAGAAACGGGAGGCGGUGUCGCUUCCUAGGAUCAGGUUGACGAAGAGCGACCUGCAAUGGGUGCACGUACUGAGCGAGGGCUGGGCAAGCCCGCUCGGCGGAUUCAUGAGAGAAUCUGAGUUCCUCCAAACUCUUCAUUUCAACUCGCUCCGGCUGGAUGACGGGUCCGUCGUCAACAUGUCGGUGCCGAUCGUCUUGGCAAUCGAUGAUUCGCAGAAGCAUAACAUCGGGGAGUCCACCCGGGUCGCUCUUGUUGACUCUGAUGACAACCCCAUUGCCAUUCUUAGCGAGUAAGAACAAAAAUCUAAUUACAAUCAUUUUAACUUUUCUUGUAGCUUAAAGCAUAGAUAAUUUAUGGGUUUAGCUUAUAUUUUCAUAAAAAUUGCUCUUUUUUUUCAUUUUAUGAUAGGAAGGUUUGCUUUCUCUUUACUUUUGCUUGAAAAUAGACAAUUUAUGGUUCU